GGUUCAGAUUUCAAAUUUGUGUGACUAAUGACCUUAUGCCAUUGUUCCCAUCCGCACGCAAAGCUAUUCUGCUACGAAUUUCUUCUUGUUUCUCUCCCUCUCUCUCGUCUUUCGUUUUUCAUUUAAAGUGACAAUCUCUCUUACUUUUCAUUACAAACAGUUCUCAUCGCUACUCUGAUUCUCCUUCCAAUGAUCCGUUCUUCUCUACGCCUUUCUCAACUCUUUUUGUUAAACUCCAUUUUCUCUUCAUCGUCUCCUUCGAUUCCUCUUCAUCUUCCUUCAUCUUCCUCCUCUUUCUCCACUUCCCCUAAACAACCCUCUGUUUUCCCCCAUAAACUCAGCCACAGAGAUUGGUUAUCUCCCAAUGAAGUCAUCAAUAUCAUCCAACAAAUCCAACAUCCUUCCUCUGUCCUUGCAUUCCUCCACCAAUGGUCAAAUCGCAAGGACUACAAACCCAACAAAGAAAUCUACACUCUCGUUGUCUCCAGACUUGCCGAGGGGCGGUUGUUUGAUGAUAUUGAAAAGGUGAUGUUGAGAAUCAAAGCCGAAAGGAAUUUCCGCCUGUCCGAUGAGUUUUUCUACCAUGUUAUUAAGAUUUAUGGUAAUGUUGCUGGUCGUUUAAAUAAAGCUAUUGAUACCCUUUUCGAUAUGCCCAAUUAUAACUGCUGGCCCAGUGUUAAAACCUUUAAUUUUGUGCUUAAUUUGCUUGUUUCGGCCAAGAUGUUUGAUGUUGUUCAUGAGGUCUAUAUGGGUGCUCCUAAGUUGGGGAUUGAGAUUGAUGCUUGUUGUCUUAAUAUACUCGUUAAAGGGUUGUGCCAGAGUGGGAAUCUUGAUGCUGCACUCAAGGUGCUCGAUGAAUUUCCUCAACAGAGGUGUAGGCCAAAUGUCAGAACAUUUUCAACCCUUCUGCAUGGGUUGUGUGAGAAUGGGGAACUAGGGAGAGCAUUGGAGCUCUUCUGUAAAAUGGAAAAUGAAGGUGUUUGCCCCGACACUAUAACGUUUAACAUAUUGAUUUCGGGGCUUAGAAAGAAGAAGAGAAUUGAAGAGGCAAUAGAACUUUUGGGGAGAAUGAAGCUUAAAGGUUGCUACCCCAAUGCGGGGACUUAUCAAGAGGUUUUGUAUGGCCUGCUCGAUACGGGUAAGUUUAUCGAGGCAAGGGAUUGUAUGCAUCGGAUGAUAUCGGAGGGUAUGGACCCAAGUUUCGUUUCAUAUAAGAAGUUGUUGUCUGGGCUAUGUAAGAAGAAACUAACUGAGGAUGUGGAUUGGGUUCUGAAACAGAUGGUUAUGCAAGGUUUCGUCCCAAAAGUGGGGAUGUGGAAAGUGAUUUUACGUUGUAUGUUAUCAGGAAAUGAAGAAUGCAUUGAUAUCACUGAUGAAGUAUUUGAGAAAUUUGUGUUGCUUGCAAAGGAAGAUGGGGCGGCGUAAUUAGAUCUGUUUGACAGACUCUAAUAAACUGACGAAGUAACACGGACUGAGUACUUAGGAAUCAAUGCAGGGGGUGAUGCCAUGGACACAAGCAGAUCAACUCAGUUGCUAACACUGAAGAACAAACUGAUCUCUUCCGCAACGUGCUUCAGAGUUAAAAAUGUUUAGCAUUUUUGUUUUCCAGAAGAGGAAGAAAUUCUCACUUGUUGCAAUUGAGGAGCCAAAGGGGAUUUUCCUGGACAAUAAUGUUUGGCGAUGAGAAUAAUUGGAGGAAGCGGAAACGCCCCCAUAGACUAAAAUUCAAGAUGGAGAUGGAGUUAUUUCCUGGUGGCAAAGUAGUCGUGCCAAUUUAACUAGGAAAAUUGAUGCUUUAUUUAUUGUGACAAUCUGCACAAAUAACUUCUUCAAUCUCUAUAAACUUUGCACAUGUUUAAGGGUAAUGACAUCUCUAUUCAAUUUACAA